AACAUUUUGUGACAAAGUAAACGAAAGAAAAAGGUGCAAUGAUGAUAGUAGUUUGCUGAAGCGGAGAUGCUAAGUAAAUUAAAAAAACCUUUCUGAUAUGUCUCUUUCCUCUGUCUCCUCCUCUGUUUCCUCUGUUUCUGUUCUGUUUUUUUUUUUUUUUUUCUGUUCCAUGUUUUCAUCAUACAAUUUAAUAAAAUCAUAUUAAUAGUUUUAUUUAAAACUUUCACUAACGUUUUCUAUCUUCUAAGUUUCCUUGCAUUUAUUGAGAGAUGAUGAUGUGUUUUUCUUAUAUGUUUUUGAGAUGCAGGGGACUCUCUUCUUCUUCUUCUUUGGUGUGUCAUUAGAUUAAAUUUUUUUUUUCCUGUUGCUUUGGCUUAUCCAUUUGGGAUUCUUUGAUUCCUUCAUCACUCAGAGGAAAAUUUCUUCUCUUUGAAAAUUUUUGUUUCUUAUGAAAAAAUCCUUAGAUAUUCCAAUCUUUUCUCUCUAAGAUACCAAAAGGUUCCUUCUUCCAAUGUCUUCAAUUUAAUUAUUUGCAUCCACUUUUAUUAGUAGUCCCCUCAGCUCUUAUUAUUACAUAUUUUUUCAUAUAAACUCUUAAUCUUUUGUUUAUGGGUGGCUCUUAAUUUAUCAGAUUUCUCUAUACCUUGUACCUAAGAGGGAAAAAGAAUUUGGUACCACAAAAAUAUCUAUUUUAUAUAUAUUUUAAUUUUCACCAUGAAAAUUGUCAUUUUCUUGGUUGGUUUUUAAUAUAUAAAUAUAUUUCAUUUUCUAAAUUUUUCUGUGUUUUGGAGGGUCUCCCAAAAAAGAAAAAAAAUGAAGGAAAAAGUGGAUUCACCAGUUACAGUUCUUGAGGACUAUUUCAGGUCCUCAGAUUCAUCAGAAACAAGUUGUUCAAAAGAUCAUGAUCAUAGUGGUUUGGAUUCUGAGUCUCAAGAAAUUUCAAGGCCAAGUUGUUCAAGGUGGCAUUCAUUUGUUCAAAUUUUGAAGGGAAAAUCAUCAUCCAAGAACAACACAUUGUUGCACCCUUUGAACAUAUCAAGAAGAAUGAGUAGUAGCAUGAGAGAAUCUCUAUGGCCAAGUUGCCUCUUAGAUGUUGCAAGCCCUUCACCUUGUAGGUCACCUUGGAAGAUCUUCUCUCACCAUGAUAUUCAACUAGCAACCAAUCAUUUCAGCCAAGAAAACUUGAUUGGAAAAGGUGGUUAUGCUGAGGUUUACAAAGGGUGUUUACCAAAUAAUCAGCUUGUAGCAAUUAAGAGGCUAACAAGAGGAACUGCUGAUGAGAUCAUAGGUGACUUUUUAUCAGAACUUGGAGUUAUGGCACAUGUGAAUCACCCCAACACUGCUAAGCUUGUUGGUUAUGGUGUGGAUGGUGGAAUGCACCUUGUUCUUGAAUUGUCUGAGAAAGGGAGCUUAGCUUCACUGCUUUAUGGUUCCAAGGAGAAAUUAGCAUGGUGCAUCAGGCAAAAAAUUGCAGUAGGAACAGCAAAGGGUAUAUUAUAUCUUCAUGAGGGUUGUCAAAGAAGAAUAAUUCAUAGAGAUAUAAAAGCUGCAAAUAUAUUGCUCACUGAGGACUAUGAGCCUCAGAUAUGUGAUUUUGGGCUAGCAAAAUGGCUACCGGAGAAUUGGACUCACCACACUGUUUCAAAAUUUGAAGGAACUUUUGGGUACCUUGCACCUGAGUACUUGCUUCAUGGAAUUGUUGAUGAGAAAACAGAUGUAUUUGCUUUUGGUGUGCUUCUAUUAGAAUUGGUCAGUGGAAGGCGUGCACUUGAUUAUUCACAACAAAGCCUUGUUUUGUGGGCAAAACCAUUGCUGAGAAAGAAUGAAAUUAAGGAGUUGAUUGAUCCAUCACUAGAUGAAGAAUUUGACACAAGGGAGUUGAAUCUCAUGUUAUUGGCAGCUUCUUUGUGCAUUCAACAAUCUUCAAUUCGCCGCCCCUCUAUCAGACAGGUUGUUCAACUUUUAAAUGGAAAUCUCAACUGCUUUAAGGGCGUGAAGAAAACUAGAUUUCCAUUCUUCAGAAAAGUCUUCCAAGAAGAACUCCUUGAUUCUGAAUAAUUUGAAGGGAAAUGCAACAAUAUAUCAGGUUGAAUUUGGUACAUUAUAUAUUAAGAUCAAUUACUUUUGAAAUAUUCAAAUAUAUACAGUUUGAUUAUUUUAGUGUAUGAUGUGCCAAAUUCAAUCCGUUGCAUUCAAGACUUACCUUUUGGUGCAACAUGAAAAUCACAUGAUCUUCUUCAGCAUGCACACACAAAAAGGAAGAUUGUGAUCACUGAUGAGUUAAUGGUAAUUGAUGCAUGUGAUCAACUUCUUUUAUUCAUUUUGCCACAAAAAAAGUGUUUUUCUCAAUCCAAACAAGGCAUUGAUGGGCUUCUAUAUAUAGGAAUUGACUCAUCAAACCCAAAAAGUUUUGCACUUUGUGAAGCCCAAAAGAAGCAUUCUAUUGCCCCUACACCUGUGUACAUAAUAGAAUUUUAUUUUAUUUUA